AUGCAGCUUGGCAGCCGUCGGAAAACUCGAUUUCGCACGAAACACAGUGUCGAAUGCGUGCGCUCGCCGGCUACAGCACCGCGCUGUAAACAGAGAGCGCGCCUCAACAACACACGCACACAUCGAUACGACACGUAUCAUGCGCACACAUGCGCAGUUGCUACAGCUCGCGCAUUCUGGCUUGCGACGAAAAUAGAUAUCACGUCAACACCAACCAAUCACAGGGCGACUCUAUCACGCUACAACGGCUUGUGA